UCACAACAGGGUUUGGGACAUUCGGUAAAGAACUCUCUAAGUCUGCUACAAAAAAUGCCUGCGAAGAUGAGCCUACGGAAACCGAUUCAGAAAGUGCUAACAUGGAAAGUAUCAUGGGUUUUGAUGGAUUCGGUAAAAAAGCUAAACAGUUUAACAUUGAAGAAAUGGUAGAAAGAGCUGCCAAAACCGCUAGAGAAAACAAAGCGACUGUAGAAUCAGCAGUUCAAAAGUUGCAGCCAUUGUCACUUGAUAACUUAAACUCUGGGGAUCCAGAGGAUAAUAGCAGUGAUGAUGAUAUCAUAGGUCCACCAGUUCCUAAACAAAUAUUGGAACCGAAACAGAAAAAUUUGAGAGAAUCAGUUGAAGAUGAAGUUGCAGCUGGUAAUUCAGAAGAUAGUGAUGCAAGUGACGAUGAAAAGCUACACAAUAGAAUACCAGCAAGUCAUGAGAUAUCACUCCUACAUGGCUCCAAAGCAGUGGUUGCUGUAGCAACAGACCCAGCUGGUGCACGUCUAGCCACUGGUUCUGUGGACUAUGAGGUAAGGUUUUGGGAUUUUGCAGGCAUGGACGCCACGUUGCAAAGUUUCCGCACACUGCAGCCCUGCGAGAAUCAUCCAGUAAGAGCACUUCAGUACUCUACUACUGGUGAUGUUAUAUUGGUAAUUUCUGGGGCUGCACAAGCCAAAGUUCUGGAUCGUGAUGGUUUUGAAGUGGCAGAAUGCGUGAAAGGUGACCAGUACAUCACAGAUAUGGCGAGGACAAAAGGUCAUGUUGCACCAUUGAACAGUGGCUGCUGGCACCCGAGAGCGCGUAACGAGUUCCUCACGUGUUCGCAGGAUAGCACGUGCCGUUUGUGGGACGUGGAGAAGCCGAUGCAUCACAAGGCCCUGAUGAAGUGCAGGGCCCAGAAUGGUUUAAAGACUGAACCGACUGCAUGCAGCUACAGCAGGGAUGGCAACCUGGUGGCUUGUGCUUGCGUGGAUGGCUCGAUACAGAUGUGGGAUCAUCGCAAAAUGUUUGUGAAUACGGCCAUGCUGUUGCGCAAUGCACACAGCAGUGGCAAUGACGCGUCUUGCCUGGCCUUCUCCUACGUGGGGUCCCUGAUGGCGACACGAAGCUGUGAUGACUCGCUCAAGCUUUGGGAUCUGCGAGCGUUCAAGCAGCCGCUUCUCGUCGCUAAUAACCUUUUCUCUCGUUACACUGCUACUGACUGCAUGUUCAGCCCGGAUGACUCAAUGGUGCUGACAGGAGUGUCUGUGAAGAAGGGUGAAACAGAUGGCAGGAUCAUAUUUUAUGAUACCAAAACUUUUGACGUCGUGGAUGAAUUCACGGUUUGUGAUUCUCACGUGAUAAAAACGCAAUGGCACCCGAAGUUGAACCAGAUAUUCGUGGGUUGCGGGAACGGCAUGGUGAAGGUGUACUAUGACAACGCACGCAGCCUGCGUGGGGCCAAGCUGUGCGUGGUGAAGACGCGGAGAAAGGUGAAGCAGGUGGAGGUGGUAGCCGGCCAGCAGAUCCUCACCCCGCAUGCGCUGCCCAUGUUCCGUCAGGAGAAGCCCAAGUCUGUGCGCAAGCAGCUGGAGCGGGACCGGCAGGACCCCAUCAAGUCUCGCCGACCAGACCUGCCCAUCUCCUCGGGUCAAGGGGGCCGCGUGGCCUCUUCAGGCGGGACGCUUAGUUCGUACGUGAUUCGAAACCUGGGGCUGAGCAAGCGGGUUGAAGAUGACCAGGACCCCCGCGAAGCCAUCCUGAAGUAUGCCAAAGAGGCUGUGGAAAACCCCUACUGGAUAUCUCCGGCAUACUCCAGGACACAGCCGGAGCCUAUAUUCCACAACUCUGCGGAUGAAGAAGAUGACGAUGAUGCCCGACAGCCGAGCGCUAAGAAGCCCAAAGUGUGAAGGCUCAUUUACAAAAGUGACACUGCUAACGGCCGCAACAUGCUGACAUCUAGCAUCCUUCAACUCAAACUAACGACGCGUGACCAGCAGGUGUUGCCACCUAUUGCGGAAUGGCGCAACUGUGUGGUGUCCAAUACUACUCGCCGUCCGGUACUACCCGACCUUCCCCUAUACCUACCUUUGAUAAAAAAAAGUAAAAUUAUGAAAUAUUUGAUACUUAAAAUGAUUCAAAUAAAUUAACUGUUACAACAUAUUAUGCAAUAAUAGCUGUGUUCACCAUUAUAUUAUAUUAUUAUUAUAUUUUUGAAAACUUAGAAUUUAGGUUUGCAUCUAUUUACAACUUCUACAAAUAACAUAACACAAUCUCUACUACUCAAUAAUU